AUGCAUUUAAUAUUUCUGGUUAUACAACAAAUCUAUUCUUCUAAAAACAUCUUCAAUGAAUACGCAUCAGAUAUAAAUCAGGAAGAGAGUAGCAUUAUUGCAAUCAAACAAGGCAAUGACUUCAUUGCAUGUCCAUUCCCAUUCACCAAAGUGGUUGUAUCUCCAAGUCUAACAUCAAGUGAUGUGUUUGAAUACAGUUCCAUUGAGAAGCUAACUGCUGAUAAUAUUGAGACACAGGUGAGAAAUAGCGCAGAAUUCAAGAGAUUGAACAGAUUAACCAACCCAGAUGAUUUCACCACUGAUUUGGAUAAGCCAUUUUAUAGGGAAACAAUCAGUAAAAUAGAAAUAGACAAAAAGAGUGCUGGACAAUCUGCCCCAUUGGUUGAUUUGAUAAUCACCAGACUGUCUGAAGCACAGUUCGAUCCGAGUGAGAAUAAGCCAACUCGAUUUGAUACAUCCAAAUUCAAGAUCAGUGACAAAAUGGUGCUCUCAGUUGAUAAGAUCCAUAAGAAGCUGAACGACUCCAUCAAAUUUGAUAAAAAUGUCUUCUACGCCUACUGCGAAGCAUUGGAUAGCAAGGAAAUGAAAUCAAGAAUCACGCCACUCUUUAUUGUCAAAAUAAAAGAUACGACACUGAGAUUCGAACCACUGAGUCUGAGUAAAAGGAGUCGAUCUGUGACGCCACCGUUGUCGAAUAACAUGCACCUGACUGUGUUGGUGAUGACACUGCUUGUUUUGAUCAUCUCUCUGGCUGUGCUUGUGAUUGGAGUGAUACACACAUUCAGGAACAUACAGAAAUGUGAACGGGUUGAAGAAAGGCCCGUUGAAGAAAGAACUAUUAUAGAACGGACUAUUAUAGAACCAAAUCAACCGGAUCAGUCAAAUCAACAGACUGAACCAAAUCAACAAAGUGAACCAGUUGAGUCAGACACCCCAUCAAAUUGA